CACACUGCCGGAGACAGGUUUUCCGGCGUUCUUCGCAAACAAUUAAAAUGGACAAUUACCAUUAACUCCGCUCAUAAUCAUCUUUCAGCCGCUUAAGGCAAGGUGAGAUCAUCAUCGCUGGCCGUGAAAUGCACCUGAAGAUGCUGCGCUCGCUGCGGCUGUGAAAGCGUGAGAAAUCGCCGGGAAAAUCGCGUAUUGCAACGAAGUACUUAAACACAACUCGACUGAAAUGCUGCCAAUCCUUCUAAUACUCACGGGGAUUUUGCUCUCCCUGUUCCCGAGCCAAGCUCACCGUCCGGAAGAUGCCAAGCACCUGGGAGGCGAGUUGACCUUGCCCAACCUGCCGUCCGAGCACCUUAUCCGCUACCUUAACACGUUUCCCAAGCUGAAGCAGCAGCUGCCAUCGAAUCUCACUGGCAAGGCCACCAUCUCAUCGGCCUGCUGGGGCCACGAACGAGAUUGCACGUCGGAUGGCCGCUUUCAGACGCCACAGUGCCCUGGAGAUCACACUGGCUGGGCCAGGAGCAAGGAGGCCCAGGUGAAGACCUUCUACCAGCAGGCGGACUUCGGCUACAUACAGGAGCAGUUGUCUGAGCUGGCACCGCAGUGUGUGCCCACCUAUCUGGGCGACUCAUCGCUUGAGUGCACCCACUACCUGCGCUUCUGUCGCGGCAGGCACCUGCUCUUCGACUUCAGGGACUUGGCGCAGCGGGAAGAGCGCAUCCGUUACCACAUGGAUGUUCUAAAACCGGGUCAACUGCUGGCCCACUGCGAAUUGAAUCGCACCAGGCUCACCGGUGAAAUGGAUCACAUUGGAUCAGCACUGCAAUCCUGGGGUCCAGAGCUGCGCAACUUAGACGUCUUACCUCAUCAAAUACUAGAGAGCGGGCUCUGUGAUCUCGUUGUGAAUACGCCCACUUUCAUUAUGAAAAUCGAUGCCACGUACAACAUGUACCAUCACUUCUGCGACUUUUUCAACCUGUAUGCCUCGCUCUUUGUGAAUCAAUCGCAUCCAGCGGCCUUCAACACCGACGUGCAGAUCCUUAUUUGGGAAACCUAUCCGUAUGAUUCGCCGUUUAAGGACACGUUCAAGGCCUUCUCGCAGAGACCGGUAUGGACACUGAGCGAUGUGGAAGGCAAGAGGGUGUGCUUCAAGAAUGUGGUCCUUCCGCUGUUGCCCAGGAUGAUCUUUGGAUUGUUUUACAAUACGCCUAUCAUCCAAGGCUGUUCAAACAGUGGACUGUUCCGAGCUUUUUCGGAGUUCAUCUUACACCGUCUUCAGAUUCCGUACCAGCCGCCUCAGCGUAAAGUCCGUAUUACUUAUCUAUCGCGUCGGACCAAGUACAGGCAAGUGCUCAACGAAGAGGAGCUGCUGGGUCGUCUGGAGGAUAACGAAGACUAUUCCGUGCAGCGCGUUUCCUACGAGAGGCUCUCUUUCACAGAUCAGUUGUCUAUAACCCGGAACACAGACAUACUCAUAGGCAUGCAUGGCGCUGGCCUGACCCACUUGCUCUUCCUACCCAACUGGGCCUGCAUCUUUGAGCUGUACAAUUGUGAGGAUCCGAACUGCUACAAGGAUUUAGCUAGGCUGCGAGGCGUUCGGUACCGCACAUGGGAGCAGCGGGAUCUAGUCCAUCCGCAGGAUGAGGGACAUCAUCCCGAGGGCGGGGCACACGCCAAGUUCACAAACUAUAGCUUCGAUGUGGAUGAAUUCGUACAUCUCGUCGCUGAGGCAGCCAAGGAAGUUAGAUCCCACAAUGAAUUCCCUCAGGAAAAGCCCCAAAAUCCAUCCAUAACACCGCAGCACAACGAACUGUAGUAGCUUUCCCUAAUUGUGAUUUAAUGCAUUUAUUUUGCUUUUUUGCCAGAUCCAAAAUAAAUCGGUAUUAUUAAAAGUAA